CAAAAGCACGCUAGGGGCGCUGCCGUCGGUGUUCGGUUCGGCUCUGAUGAGCAGGGAGUUGAGGGAGUGUCCGCGAUUCUGUGGUGCGGCGGACGGAUUUUCCCGAGGAUUUGUGUUUUUUAAUUGAAGUGCACGAACGGGAUAGAAUACGAGGGUGCGCCCUCUUACGAAGUGAGCCAAGCCUGCACUGGCCAUCAGCAGCUCACCCUCUGACGGGCGGUCUGAGCCAUGGCUGAGGAGAAGGAGUCGCCCGAGGAGAACGGUCCUGCGGAGUCGAGCCCGUCGAGCAAGUCUCGACGGUCGGGGAUCCUGCGCGCCCGCUCGACAGCUGCCUGCCGCGUACACCUGCUCGACGGCUCAGACUACGAAUGCCAGCUAGAUCGCAAAGCCCGUGGAGAACAACUCUUCGAUCGCGUGUGCGAGUACCUCAACUUGCUCGAGCGAGACUAUUUUGGCCUCACCUACAGAGACCAUGAGAACACGAGGAACUGGAUCAACUUGGAAAAGAGUCUCUCAAAGCAGAUGAAACGUCGGCCCUGGGAGAUGUCUUUCGAGGUCAAGUUCUACCCUCCCGACCCGUCGCAACUCCAAGAGGACAUUACGAGGUACCAGCUCUGCCUACAGAUACGAGAUGACAUCCUGUCCGGAAAGCUCCCGUGCUCGUUCGUGACACAUGCACUACUGGGCUCGUAUCUGGUGCAAGCUGAGCUGGGGGACUUUGACCCGGACGACCACGGCCGCAACUACCUAUCCGAGUUCCGCUUUGCGCCCAACCAGACACCCGAGCUGGAGGACAAGGUCAUGGAACUCCACAAGCAACACAAAGGCCAGACGCCCGCGGAGGCGGAGCUGCACUACCUGGAGAACGCCAAGAAGCUGGCGAUGUACGGGGUGGACCUGCACCAGGCGCGGGACUCCGAGGGUGUCGACAUCACCCUCGGGGUGUGUGCAUCAGGUCUUCUUGUUUACCGCGACCGGCUGCGCAUCAACCGCUUCGCCUGGCCCAAGAUCCUCAAGAUCUCCUACAAGCGAAACAACUUCUACAUCAAGAUACGGCCUGGGGAGUUCGAGCAAUUUGAGAGCACCAUAGGGUUCAAGCUGGCCAACCACCGAGCUGCCAAGCGGCUCUGGAAGGUCUGCGUGGAGCACCACACCUUCUUCAGGCUCAUGUCACCAGAACCCGCAGUGAAGCCCCGGCUGUUCCUUCCCCGGUUCGGCUCCAAGUUCCGCUACUCUGGGCGGACCCAGUACCAGACGAGGCAGGCAAGCGCACGCAUCGACCGUCCGCCUCCCCACUUUGAGCGGACGCGCAGCAACAAACGCUUCUCUUCUCAAACCCUGACGUACCCGCCACGGCCGGCAGCAUCGGAGGAGAGCAAACGUCACACGCUGACGGGCGCCCUUCGCCGGUCGCCCAGCGAGGAGACGUCGUCGGCCGACGUCCCUCGUUAUGCCACCAAGGCCUCCCCCGAGCAGGCUUCGAGCCCUACGACCGAGGCACCGCCCAAAAAGGAAACAAAGAGGACUAUCCCAGUUGGAGGCGUGGCCGUCAUGUUGCCCAUGGACACCAAGAAAGACCAGCGCCUCAGCCAAGAAGCCAAGACGCCCGACGACAGGAGCCCCCUCCACGAAGACGGGGCAUCCAAGGAAGCCCGCCCCGCAAGCGGAGUCGAGGCUGCAAAGAAGGGUUUGCAGGCUGCCUCAAAGGCCGCCGAAGCUGUGGCCACGAAAGCUGCGCCAACGGCGACGUCAAAAACCUCCGAAGGUAAGGCUCCUCACGGCGGCGUCGGGGAGCCGAGUGUCAAAGCGGACGCCAAGAAGGUGGCUCCGGGAACGUCCCCGAAAGAAGAGCCGCACGUCAAGAAGAGCUUGUCGGGCGGUGGCGAGACCGACGACGGGGUGCGGGUGAUUUGCCUGGAGGACCCCGGCACGGGCUUGGUGCGCGAAGUCUUCGUCACCGACGACCGCGUGCCCGCCAAGGGAGCCUCGUCCGGCUUGAAGGAGGAACGCCAGCUGCGGCCGACCAAGUCGGAGACGCGGCUCGAAGGCGGCUUCACCGAGAAGAGCAUCCGCGACCAGGACGUCACGCGACUGGAGCUGUCGCGGUCUCGCGAGAAGUUGGUGCCGCUCGCGGAGCAGACGCUGCCCGAGGGGGGCGGCUACCGCAAAGGGGCGGGCGGCGCUGCCGCGGCGCAGUUUUGGCCUCCCACGACGGGGAAAGGCGCGGCACCGGCUAAGUCGGGCGGGGACACGAUGCAGGAGGAGACGGUCGGACCUGCGGACACCAGUACACCGCGCCCAGCGGGCCGAGGACCAGGUGGCUUCACCGCGAGGCAGUCGGGCCCUUACACCAAGGAGUACACAUACCAGGUCCCAGCCGACGACUCCAAGCGUCCGUACAGCCCAACGCGGGGCGGCGGUUUCAGCUACAGCCCUCCCCCCGUGGACGCGGCCUCCGGCGGGCAGUCCACGUCGCCAACGGGCCGGCCCGGCAGUGGUGACGGAGCAGUGCGCCAGGCCACGGGCCUGGCCUUCACCUACUCUCCCACCAGGACCUCGGGUGCACCAGGCUGGAAUGAGGUGUCCGGUCGCAGCCCGACUGGUCGCAGCCCGACCGGCCGCAGCCCAACCGGCCGUAGCCCCACCAGUCCCGGCGCCGGCGCCACCACUCCCGUCACAACCGCGCAAACGGCAACGACGACGACACCGGUGUCGGGCAAGAGCCUGGACUCGCCGUCGUCCGAGUCGUCCGAAAGCAGCCUGGACGAAUAUCGGGAGGAGCGGCCGACGCGGCCAUCACGGAUCCCUACCAAGAAGGACGGCGCCACCCGCCCCAAGGUGGUGGGCGUGGUGCCUUCGCUGGCAGCGAGCCGUUCGCCGCCAGGAGGAAAAGUCGGGGAGCCUCAUCUGCAGCAGAAGGACACCAGCAAGUCACGCAUUCCAGGUCUGCCCAGCCAGCAGCCGUCGUGGAGCGGCGGUGCCGAUGCCGGCAGCCGCGGUGCAGAGAAGUCUGGCAUCAGACCGCCCGGCGCCACGUCUCCAUUGCAGUCCAAACCUCCGAUGGACUCUCGAAAGGCCACUUCACCCGAUCAGAGGGCCAUUGUGAAGACGGAAGCGCUCAAGUACGACCCGGCGAGCGUGUCUGCGCUGCAAACGAGUAGCACUACAAGUGUGCCCGUAGUGUCGACCGAGACGAGGAAGGUUGCCUACCAGGUGGCCGAGGGGCCUGGGCCCGUGGGAGCGCAUUUCGCUGCCACGACUGUGACCACCAGCGCCGUGCCGCCCCAUGACAUCGUGGAGCAAGAAGGCGAGGUGGUCAGCUCGCAAACUAUCUCGAGCAAGACGCGCACCGUCGAGACUGUCACGUAUAAGAUGGAGCGUGACGGAGUGGUCGAGACACGGGUGGAACAGAAGAUCACCAUCCAGAGCGAUGGUGACCCCAUUGACCACGACCGUGCACUGGCACAGGCCAUCCAGGAGGCGACCAUGAUGAACCCCGACAUGACCGUGGAGAAGAUUGAGAUACAACAGCAGUCGCAGGCCAAAUGAGGCAGCAGCAUACUGGCACUGCGGGACAGACCGCCAGGGCCGAGCCACCGGUGCUUGCACAGUCCACUGCCCGGCACGCCGGGAGCGUGUCGCCGCGGAUGUGCACUCGGCUGCUGCCUCCUCUCUUCCUCCGCGAUGCCACGGACAGUGUACAGAAGACAGCUUCCAUUUCCACGCGCUCUUUUAAUCUCCCAUUUUAGUUUUUAGCCCAAACACUGUGACGUUUAUAUUAUUCGGUGCCUGCUUUUACAAAUGGCAGCAGUGCCGAGUGCAUGAUGCAAAGCAAAAAAAAAAUUGCUUGGAGUGCGUGCGCACACUGUAACUGACAGAAGAAAAAAAGACAACAUUCCGUUUAAGCCGGCAGGAGCAGCACGCAGGAUGUUCUACGUGGAAAGCUAUGUGCUUGUCCACAAAAGUCGUCGAAUAAGCAACGAAGAAGAAACGACGCGAUCCUGCCCUUCUACCUGUACGGCCUGAUUUACAAAGCUGUCAAACGCUUUUUCUAAUUGCCGGAGUGACUCCGCAAUGCUGGAGUGACUCUGUGACACCAGAGUCAAAUCGCUGGAGUGACGCCGGAGUGACUUUCUGUGACACCAGAGUCAUAUUGUCAGAGUGACUCGGUGACACUGGAGUGAUUCCGUGACACUGGAACGAAGUUGUUCGAGUCCUAUUGCCAAAAUGACUCCGUCACACCAGAGUGAUUUCGGGACAGGAGAGUCAAGUCGCUGGAGUCACUUUGUCAGAUCACAGCAUUCGUCACAGUACAGCAUAUCCUUGAUGUUGUAAUUAUUAUUUUUUCAAAAGUGAGUCGCUGGCAAUAUUAAAAGCAUUGACGCGCGAUUAUUCAGGAGAAACUAUCGAGAAAAUGCAUUGUCGUGGCGUACGCCGAUGCCAUGACGGAGCCUUUGACAGCACUGCGAAUCAGGCUUAACAGUUCCUUUUCAGUAGGCUGCUUCGCAGCCACAACAUUAUUCAGCCUCAUGUUCAAAGCUUUUGAGGCACCGGAGGACUAUCUAUGAAGUCUGCGCGCCAAAGCUUGCACUUCGUCGCACCUCUUGUUGGUAAAAGUGGGCGAGGCAGCUCCGUUGGACAUUUUGAGCUGGUACUACAGGAAAGAAUGUCGUAUAGUAUAUGGAGUUGUUGGCCAUGCUGAACACAGGCCUGGGGGGGCCACUGGUUUGUGAAGUUUGGCGCUGACACUGAUUAAGUCGAAUUCAUUCCGUUUUUUUUUAAUUCAUCUGCGGUUCAACGGCGGCAUCGGCAUACUGUACGUGAUCGUUCGUCAUGUGUGCCGCUGUGUUUUUAGGCUUGGACAGAACGCAUUGCGUUGUUCAGCGAUUGUUGACGAGGAAAGGCUCCCUUUUGUUUUUUUAAAGGUACAUUUUACUCAUAUGUGCAUUUACUUUCUUUACGCCUUUUGAGAGAUGGGUGGUGUUGUGCGACAAGUGGUGGGUUUAUUUUUCUUGCAGCUAUUUGCUUGGCCUUUCUAUAAAGACGUGACAUUGUGUAACAUCUACAGGCAUGUGCGGCGGUGUACGAUUGUCUUCCUGUGAUGAAAUGUAGGUGUACAUUUCUCUUCCCCACGUGCCGACGCUGCGGACUACCGAGAGAUACGUUGUGUGAUAUUCUACAUCGUUCGCAGCAACUGAUGUGCUUCUUAAAGUUUACCUGCCCACGGAGACUCGAAAUUACGUGCCGAUACCCUUUAAGACUUACUCAGAAUAACGGUGCUAAGGUGCACAUCUUGGCAUUGGGACGAGUUCUCUUGAAUUGCUGAAAUCUUGAUUUGCAUUAUUAGAGAAUCAUUUUACGGGCACAAGGCCGUCAGUGUGCGCUGAUUGGCUCUGUCUAGCCUUUCACUGGCAGCUAUGAGAUGCAAGUGCUAUGACCACAUUUGGAAGUCUGCUCACCUGAUAACACGCAAACCAGUGUGUCAAAUCCACCCAUAAGGAUCGCUAUCCGAACCAAUUAUUUUGUGAGGGCACUAACUUUUGUCAUGCCAGUGCCCAGCUAUAAACAGCAGCUACAAUAUGCAAAGGUAAUCGUGUCUAAAAUUACGCCCAACUAAAAAUGUGAGGGUGUUUUCACCGGAUCCACAAAUGCAGAUGUGUAUUGUCGCAUCGAACAGUGCGUGGCGUCACUGCCACCAACGAAUUCAAAAUAUUGACCGUGUGCGGUUUCCGUUACCGCUAUUUCAACGUUUUACAGCAAUGAUGCGAUUGUAUUGUAUCGAUAAAUGGAGUACCGUCAUGUUUUGAAAAUAUUCCAAGGGUAUUCACUAUCUGCCAUGGCGUAUGAAAAUGCCUGUUUGCGUUUCAGAUCAAAUUGGACUCGCAAGCUAACAAACUGCCACACGGCAUAAGUAUGCCAAAGAAAUUGUCUGUCAAAAUAAACGACAUAUCCGGGGCUUGUAACUUAAAUCACAGUCUCCUCUCACCAAGCUUGGUGUUUCUGCACUGUUCAUAUCAUUUCGUUCGCGCAUGCCGAGCACUCGUGUAUUUGCGGCAGAUUUACGUUUCCUCUUUUGGCCAUUUUGUUAUUGUUCGAUGUAUACAACAGCUCUGGCUGUUUUGUGCACUGAUACACAAGUGCAUUUGCUCAUGUUUAAGUGCUGACAGGAGGCCGUCAGUGAAGUAUCUAUAGCAUGUAAUGCCGUGAGCACAGAACAAGAAGCACUUAGGAGCAACAAACUUAUUGCAUUGGCCUCGGCGGAGCUGAUUGUUCUCUCGUCGGCCGAUGGGCAGAGUCCGUAGAAUCGCUAAACGUCAUCUGGUGGUGCAGAACGAGUGUAAAUUGGUUGCCGUGGCAACGACGGCUCCUACCACCCGGUGACAGACGGGCAGCUAAUAGCUCGGCAAGCAGACCUCUUCUUUACUUCCUUCAUAUAAUUGCAAAGCGACCGAUUGCAAAGCAACGCACACAGCGUGGAAUGUUGGCGUGCUUUGGUUGACAGGAUUUAACCACCAGGUGGCGUUAGCACGUAAAGAGCUCCAAGCUGUUCCAGAAUUUUAAACCGGUGUUAUCCAGCUGCACCUGAGUUCUCCUAAAUGUUCUUGCACUGUGGCCAUGAGUGAGUACAAAGUUUGACGGCAGCGACGGAUAAACGAUGCCCGCGUUGGGGCACGGAAACGGUACGUCUGUCCAUUGGCCCCCCACGACGCUGGAAGGCGGGCUGCACAGACUGUGUGUGUGUACCUCUCUCUCCUGGCGUGUAUGCAGUAGUCAAGAAGGGAGAGAGACUCCAGGAAGAGAACAAUAAAGGCAAGCUUUAUUUGUC